GUGUGUCGGGGCUUUCUUCUUCUUCUUUCUUUUUUUUUAAAAAAAAUCCCCGACCGUGGAUGUUUCUGCAAGCAACGGAAAGGAAAAGAGGGGGAGGAGAGAGGGAGAGAAGAGAAGAAGAAACCCAAGAAGAUUUCCUGGGGCGCCGCGCGAAUUCCGCCUCGUUGUCCGCAAAAGUGGCAGCUGCUUUUUCCUGCUCCCGCUCCCGCAAGGUUUUGCUGCUCGCGAAAGAGUCGAGCGAGGAGUUGAGCUGGGACAGCGGAAUCUCGCAGCGUGUCUCCUGCUUUAUGAAAUCCAGCGAGCAUUGAGCAGCGGAGCCGAGCGAGCGGUCCCGGAGCGAGCGAUGUUUCCCCAGAGCAGACAUCCCACGCCGCACCAGGCAGCAGCGCAGCCCUUCAAGUUCACCAUCCCCGAGUCGCUGGACCGGAUUAAAGAGGAGUUCCAGUUCCUGCAGGCGCAGUACCACAGCCUCAAGUUGGAAUGUGAGAAACUGGCAAGCGAAAAGACAGAAAUGCAGCGACACUAUGUCAUGUAUUAUGAAAUGUCUUAUGGAUUGAAUAUUGAAAUGCACAAACAGACAGAAAUAGCGAAAAGAUUGAAUACAAUUUGUGCGCAAGUUAUCCCCUUUCUGUCUCAGGAACAUCAGCAGCAGGUGGCACAAGCAGUGGAGCGUGCAAAGCAAGUGACCAUGGCAGAGCUGAAUGCAAUCAUCGGGGUACGUGGGCUUCCCAGUCUGCCUCUUACACUGGAGAUGCUGAAGCAACAGCAGCUUCAGGCUCAACAUCUGUCCCAUGGCCAUGGACCUCCAGUGCCUCUCACCCCUCACCCAUCAGGACUCCAGCCUCCAUCAAUCCCCACACUUGGCGGUAGCGCAGGCCUAUUGGCCCUAUCAAGUGCUUUGGGUGGACAGUCCCACCUUUCCAUGAAAGAUGAUAAGAAACACCAUGAUGCGGAUCACCACAGAGAGCGAGACCCGGGCACAAGCAAUUCCCUAUUGGUAUCUGACAGCCUGCGAGGCACAGAUAAACGCAGGAAUGGGCCUGAUUAUUCUAAUGAUGUGAAGAAGAGGAAGGUUGAUGAUAAGGACUCUAUGAGCCACUAUGACAGUGAUGGGGAUAAAAGUGAUGACAACUUGGUGGUAGAUGUUUCGAAUGAGGACCCAUCCUCUCCACGGGGGAGCCCUGCCCACUCACCCCGUGAGAAUGGCCUGGACAAAUCACGACUAUUGAAGAAGGACGCUUCCAGUAGUCCGGCUUCAACUGCAUCGUCUGGCAGCUCAUCUUCUCUCAAAUCCAAAGAGCUGAGCCAUCAUGAAAAGGCCAGCACUCCUGUGAUGAAAUCAAGUACCCCAACACCAACUCCAGGCACGAGCACUACGUCAGCACUGCGCGCAGGUCUUGGCAAACCCCCAAUGAUGGAUCCGUUAGCCGCUGGACUGAGGACACCUUUGGCAGUGCCAGGCCCUUACUCUUCCCCUUUUGGGAUUGUGCCUCACUCUGGUAUCAAUGGUGACCUAAGCAGCCCGGGAGGUUAUCCAGGAUUGCAUAAUAUCUCACCCCAGAUGAGUGCUGCCGCAGCAGCUGCUGUAGUCGCCUAUGCGCGACCGCCCAUGGUUGGUUUCGACCCACACUCACACAUGCGUGUACCUGGAAUGCCUCCAAAUCUAACUGGCAUCCCUGGUGGAAAACCAGCCUAUUCAUUCCACGUUACUGCGGAUGGACAAAUGCAGCCUGUGCCUUUCCCUCCUGAUGCCCUAAUUGGACCAGGAAUCCCAAGACACGCUCGGCAGAUAAACACACUGAGCCAUGGCGAGGUUGUGUGCGCAGUGACCAUCAGCAACCCCACGAGACAUGUGUACACUGGUGGGAAGGGUUGUGUGAAGGUCUGGGAUAUCAGCCAGCCUGGCAGCAAGAGCCCAGUGUCCCAGCUGGACUGCCUGAACCGAGACAAUUACAUCCGAUCGUGCAAGCUGCUCCCUGAUGGCCGGACCCUGAUAGUUGGUGGUGAAGCCAGUACGUUGUCCAUUUGGGACCUGGCAGCCCCAACUCCACGUAUAAAGGCAGAGUUGACGUCCUCCGCUCCCGCCUGCUAUGCUUUGGCUAUAAGCCCCGAUUCCAAGGUCUGUUUCUCGUGCUGCAGCGACGGUAACAUUGCUGUCUGGGAUCUGCACAAUCAGACAUUAGUCCGGCAAUUCCAGGGUCACACAGAUGGGGCCAGCUGUAUUGACAUAUCAAAUGAUGGCACCAAGCUUUGGACGGGAGGCUUAGACAACACCGUGAGAUCCUGGGACCUCCGGGAAGGAAGACAACUACAGCAGCACGACUUCACAUCCCAGAUCUUUUCUCUUGGAUACUGCCCUACUGGCGAAUGGCUGGCUGUGGGGAUGGAGAGCAGCAAUGUCGAAGUCCUACACGUGACCAAACCAGACAAAUACCAACUGCACCUCCACGAGAGCUGUGUGCUCUCCCUUAAGUUUGCUUACUGUGGUAAAUGGUUUGUAAGCACUGGAAAAGACAAUCUUCUGAAUGCCUGGAGAACGCCUUAUGGAGCAAGUAUAUUCCAGUCUAAAGAGUCUUCAUCAGUGCUGAGCUGUGACAUCUCAGUGGAUGAUAAAUAUAUCGUCACUGGGUCUGGGGAUAAGAAAGCAUCAGUUUAUGAAGUUAUUUACUGAGAACCAUAACGGAGCGGAUAUAUUCAGGACUGUUUAAACAAACAGCAGCCUCCUGGCAGGUCUUGAAGGCGUUUCUCAUUGCAUACGCUUAAGGACUGACUAUCAUCACAUCAUUAAUUAUUGACUGGAUUAAAAGAAUACUCCCAUUAAACUUGGGAUGGAUGCGAUUAGCUGUUUUUGGUAGUCCCGAGAAUAAUUCCAGGACCCUGCUUUGUAGACCCUGGAUUGUUAGAAGAGCAUUUGAAUCCUCUGUGACCUCACCUUGUAUUUUUGUUAUUGCCUGAAUUGCUGCAUUUGUGGAGUUGCCUAACCAGAUGUUCAUUUGUUCUUCAUUGAAAGACAUUCUGUCCUUUGUAGCGCGAAGGUGUUCCAGAUGAACCUGGUUCCUGGUUACUGCAUCUUGUGAAAUGUUUUUUUGUAUCUUGUUGGAGCUCAGACAUUUGUACAAAUUGUAAAUAUUCCGUUUAAUACAGUAAAAGACAGUAUUGAAACA